GAGCGGCUGGGGAGCGAAAGGGCGGGGAGGCGGCGGGCGCUGGGAUGGCGGAGCACAGGCGAAGGGUGGUGCGGCUGGCGGUGCUGGAGGAUCUGCGGGCCUCUUACGGAAUUAAGGUGAAGAGUGGGAGCUGCCUGGAGGCGGCCGUGCAGCCCAGAGCGGCGGCUGCGGAGGGUAAAAUCUUUGGGAUAUCUUUUCAUGCGCUACCACAAUCACUUGUGCCAGAAUAUGGUUAUAUUCCAAGCUUUCUUGUUGAUUCUUGUAAGUAUUUGGAAGAACAUGUUCAGACCGAGGGACUCUUCAGAAAGUCUGGAUCUCUGGCUCGUUUAAAAGCUUUAAAGAGUAAACUGGAUCAAGGUGAAAACUGCCUCUCAGCUGCACUGCCAUGUGAUGUUGCAGGGCUUCUUAAACAGUUCUUUAGAGAGCUGCCAGAACCCAUCCUUCCACCUCACCUGCAGGAAGGCCUUUUCAAAGCUCAGCAGCUAGGAAAUGAGAAGAAAACUGCAACUGUGUUGCUGUCAUGUUUGAUGGCUGACAGAACAAUCCAAGCUUUGAGAUACUUCUUCAACUUUCUGAGAACUGUGUCCCUAAGAUCCAAAGAAAACAGAAUGGAUAGCAGUAAUCUGGCAGUGAUUUUUGCUCCCAACCUCUUGCACUCUAAUGAGAAUGAAAAGAUGUCAGCCAGUACAGAAAAAAGAAUUCGCUUGCAAGUUGCUGUUGUGCAAACACUUAUUGACCAUGCAUCGGAAAUUGGGCAAGUACCAGAAUUCAUCUUGGAAAAGAUUCCUGCAAUGUUAGAUGUUGAUGCCUUUCAAUCUACUCCCUCACUGUGGGGCUAUGAAGAUGGUGAAAAUGAAUCUCCUACUGAAUGCAAGAAGAGGAGGCACCAAAGUGUUGGGGAUAUUGUUAGUGGUGCAUUGAAUAAAUUUAAAUCUAACAGAACACCAUCCACUACACCACAACAAGACAGAAGCGUCCUUUCAUCUGUGACUCCGGUGGUUCUUACUCCAAGUACCAAACGUAAACUUCCAUCUGACUGCUCUCAGGGCUUGUCCAGCAAGAAGAGACGAUCUUUAAAGCAUAGUUUUGCUUUUGAGUUGUUACCAAGUAGCAUUUUCACCAGCAGCUCAACACCAGCAUCAGUUCAUUUUGAAGCAAGCCCAUGUGUGUGUCUUGAGUCAUCACAAAUCUCACUGUCUCCUUCAACUGCUGGUGAAAAUCAUCUGUCUAGUACAGGGAACAGAAGAAGUAAAAGACAUGCAAGCAAAAAAUUAUACAGGGCUGAAUCAGGAAAGACAGGUUGUUUUUCUCCAAAGAUUAGUCGAAAAGAAAUGGUUCGUAGGUCAUUACGCUUGAAGUUUGGUUUGGGAAAAAGCAACAGAGAAAUGAAUAUUGUAUCAGGAUGUGCAGUUGGUAAUAGAUCUGAAAAUAUUGGAAGGCGUCUUGCAAGUCAACAAGGUUUGGAAAACAGAACCGAAUGCGCAAAAAAAGAUGUACUCUUCAGCCCACGUGUCAGUGAAAAAUUCCCUAAGAAAGGUUCAAAGAAUGUGAGCAAGUCAGAAGAAAACUUGCUAACUCCAAAAUGUCACAAUAAAGUAGUUAAUCGAAUGUCAUGGAAUAGUCCUACUGUUGCAGAUUCUCAGGUGAUCAGCAGGAAUGAGGAGAUUCUUCCAGGACACUCUAAAAUGGGAAUCAGUUCUUCAGAAUCCAUUUUGGUAUUUGGAAAGCCACCAUUAAUUCCAGAUGAAUUCAACUCCACAGCUGCAAGCAAACAAGACAACAGCUUGCAACUUAGUGAAGAGGAAAGUAAUUUGACUGCAGAAACACUGCUGAAAGUUAAGCAAGCUUUCUCUGCAUCUGGAAGUAAUCUUCACAAUUUGAGGGGUGAUACAAAGUCUUCCUUCUCAGAUGCAGCAGAUGAAACAUUAAAGGAAACCUUGUGUGUCAGUGGGAUCAGUCCAAAGAAAGAAUUGUUAGCUGAAGAAGUUUCUGAACAUCUAGCGAAUACAAAAUCCAGAGAGAUGUCACACCAAUUUAAUCAAUCUUAUGCUGUUGAUAAACAGCAAUCAAAAAAAGAUGAAAUUAAACUAUUGGGGAAAAGAAACUUCACAACUUCUGUUGAGAUUGAACUUCAAGUCCUGAAGCCAGUUAUAAAAAAUGUAACAGAACUUCCUGUUCCGCAAGUACUGGCCAGGGAAGACAAGUUGGCUGUUCAGAACAGUUCAUCAAAAGAUGACUUAAAUAAUUUAGAUUCCUUUGGAAGAAAAGAGGAAAUAGAAUUAAUGCACUCACAAACAGCUGAAAACUGUGUGGUAAAAUGCUGUAAUGUGGAAGAAGGUACUGCUAAAUUUCCUGUGGCUGGACAGCUUCCUACUUCAGAGUUGCCUAAAUCGCAAACUGAAAUAGGCAACCAAUACUUGCAAGCUGAAAAUUCUGAUAAAACUUUAACUAAGCCAUCAACUGUUUCUGACCAUGGAAAGGUUUCUGACCACAUACAAUGGUUCAACAAACUUUCAUUAAAUGAUCCGCGUUCUGCAAGCAAAACUAAACCACCUCUUAAGUUUCAACGUACUCCUGUUAGACAGUCUGUAAGAAGAAUUAAUUCCUUAUUGGAGGCUAACAGACGAUCUGUAGGCUCUCAGCUGCUUAAAGCGAGUGAGGUUGGUUCACCGCUUGUUAAGUCUUUGAGCUAUGAUUCUGCACUAUUGUCCUGCACAGAAAAGCCCUCAGAAAAUUCUGUGGUGUUGCCACUCAGGAGUGAAAGUACACAUGACCAAGUUUGUGUAUCUCGUAAGCAGCUAGACUUGACAUCCAAAUCAUGUGGCAGGCUGUUAAAUCCAUCAGACAAGCCUGAUGUUUCUGUCAGAACUGCUGGAAUCCACGAACAGAAAGUGACUGUUCAUUCAUCAAAGUCUGUUCUAGAGGAUCUAACCAAUCAGAGACCAGUGAAAUCCAGUUUAAAAGGUAAUGCAAAUAUAAAUAUUCCAGAAAAAUCUACGAUCGCAAGAGGUGCUCCAGGAAAAGAAAGAGUUUGUUACAGAGGCUCUCCAAAGAAUCCAAUAUCUAAAGUGAAACUGCUACCAGCUGCAAAACCUAUAGACUUGUGAGAUCAAAUAUGAUGGUUAAUUUGGCUUAUUGUAACUUGGUUAACCUCUAGAAAAUCUCAAUUUGUAUGAUUAAUGUUUUAGCUCUAUUUGUCGGGUUUUUUCUUUUUUUUUUGGG